UGUCUGGCUUUUAGACAUAGGCGCUUAAACGACACGGAGUGGCGCGCCGGGCUCGAAGUCUUUUCUUUCCCCCUCAGGAAUAAAGGGAAGCGUCUGUAGGGUCGGAUCAGGCAGGAAUGCUGAAUAACUCUAUUCAGUGCCGGCAUCAGUCACAGACAGGCUGAGCCUCACAUGGGAGAGAGGAAUGGGAAAACGCGGAAGGCCCAUGGAAGUCUAAUUGCCUGUCACUUACCUGUGUCCGUGCGUUCAGCUGUUCUGUAACUCGGCAGAAAUCGUGCAACAAUGUCGUGGCUCUCACUCGCCAACGUCCUUAACCCAGGAGAGAUCGACACUUUCCUGCAGAAUGUUCAAAUGCUCCUGAAAGCGGCAAAUUACAUAGAAACGACCCAGCAAAAAAACAAGAAAGCUGAGCACGGAUAUGCAUCGUCCUUGCCCUGCGAUGCCGAGGCGACCAGGAGGAAAAUGAAAACCAAAAAGAAUUCAAGCAAUAGAUCUACACACAAUGAAUUAGAAAAGAACCGUCGAGCACAUCUUCGUCUCUGCUUGGAAAGAUUGAAGGAACUUAUACCACUGGGAUCAGAGUGUACCAGGCACACUACUCUUGGUUUACUCAAUAAAGCCAAAGCACAUAUUAAGAAACUUGAAGAAUUGGAUAGGAAGUCAAUGUACCAGAUUGAGCACCUGGAAAGAGAACAUCGUUUUUUAAAGAGGAGACUGGAACAGCUACAGGGUCUGCCAGAGAAUGAACGACUACGAAUAGAUAGUAUAGGAUCUAAUGUCUUCUCUGAUCGUUCAGAUUCAGAACGAGAAAUUGAAGUGGAUGUUGAGAGUACAGAAUUCUCCCAUGGAGACAUGGACAAUAUUAGCACUUCUAGCAUCAGCGACCUUGAUGACCACAGCAGCCUCCAAAGUGUUGGUAGUGAUGAAGGUUACUCCAGCAGCAGCAUAAAGCUGUCCUCAUCCAUUUAAGGAAGACCCUGAAGCUACUGCAAAUAUGCCUGAGGGAUCACAAUGUGACAAGCUACUUCAGCUUUGGACUUCUGUGAGGAAAAAAAUAGGUUAAGGACAUGUGCUUGUACUACAAUACUCAUGCACGAGGCACUCACCUAAUACUGAGAUAAAUUACAUCGUUUUGAAGAAAGAAAUAGCACAUAGUGCAUAGGAUUGUGGGUACAAAGCAACCACUGUUCAGAUGGUUUCUUUAUGUAUCCACAGAUAAUUCAUUAGUGUCAAUUCACUUGGAAAAUACAAGCCUUUAUUAAUAAAAAUGCACUUUUAAGGUGAAGGGCAUCUUGAUGUGUAGCCCAGAGUUGCAAUGUAAUUUGAACAAUGUUGGUAAGCUUGGCUUUCUGAUGGAUUGUUUCUAGCCUGCACUUGGAGGUCUUCGUUUCCUUUACAACUGCAGAUUUUACCUCUGUGGAGACCUCACCAAAUUGUUUAAAGUCCAUUUACUGUAAAAAAAAUACUAAUUACCCCAAAUAGAAAUGGAAAAACACUUUACCAAAUUGGUAAUUUAUGGCUGAUUUUAUUUGGUGUAUUUAGAAAAAAACAAGAGGUGUAUCUUGCACCCUUGGAUUCUCCAAGUUUUAUGAAGUUAAAUCAUAGGGACAUUUUUUUCAGUUUUUGUUUGUGCUGAUGUUGUGCCUUCUAAGUGUGCAUUGUGUCGUCAUGAAGUUAGUGUCUCUGUUAUCUAUUUGUCCCUGCAUGUAUCAGAGCAGCUUUUAAAAAAGUACAAUCUUUAUUUCCUUUGCUUCCUUCAACCUUAGUUCAUUCUAGAAUGGCCUGAUUACUUGACCUCCUCAACCCCUUCAGAAGCAAUUUUGAAGCUCCCAUUACAAAUGAAGUUGAUAAUCAGCUUUGCAAUAGAAACCUAUAAGCAUUAGUAUCUGAUUUAGCUUUUCCUGUGUGUGCACACUGCAGUACAGUUAAUGGUAUUUUUAUAGAGAAAAGAAAGAAUUUAUUGUUACUAUGGUUAAAUCCAGUGUUGGUGUUACCUACAGCAGAAUUAGUAGUAGAUUCAGUACUAUGGCUUGCAUAGAGAUUGUGUUCAACCAAGUUGAAAACCACUAGGGACUAUUAGGCAGAGGGCUUGUCUGCAUUUGUAUUUAACUUUUGCCUGUAGCUGAGCUUAGCAAUUUUUAUUCGGAGAUAUUUCACUUUUAGUUUUGAAAACUUUUGUGCAAGUCUUGAUUUCAUCUCUGAGAUGUCCUUCCCCUGAAAGUCCAUCACUGCUGUAUAGCCUGCUGGAUAAAUUGUGUAUCAGGAUAUUGCAGUUAAGUUGCACAAUGUUUUAACCAUUAAAAUUUGACAAAGUGUCAUGGGGAGUACACCUUUGAUUUGACAAAUGUGUCAUUGAUGAGAAAAGGUUCAGAGCUUGAUAGAUGCUUUUCUAAAAUCAAUCUAAAUGUUUUGGGAAAAAUAACCUCUCAAAAGUCAAAUUCUGUUUUCAGUUGAUUAAAAAGCACUUCCACAUAAUCAAUUGUAAACUGCCAUUAUUCAGUUUUUCAGAUCAAGGACCUUGGGAGUAGCUAAGGUUAUUUGAAGAGUUAAUAUAAACAUUUGUUUAUUCUGAGCUUCAACAUGAUUCCAAAUUUAUGUAACAAAUCAAUUACAUUUUUCCUGUGCUUAUUUCUGGUAAAUUUUGGAAUUUAAAAUUAGUACAUUAAGUAAUUCUGGUCACCAUUUGUUUGCCUUUUUUAUAGGUUCCAGUUUUGACUGGGCUUAUAAGAAUAUUUACAAAAGCAAAGGUGAAAUACAUCAAAUUGUAUGAAAGGCAGGUAUUAAUUGCAUGUGCUUUCCAUUCAGUUCUAAACUAAGGCCUUUCAUUUGAAGGAAAUGAAAAUUUACUGUUUUCAUUGAACUUAACAUUUUAAAACAGGGAAAGUUUGGUUCUGGUGCUAUUCAGUGUUAGCUAUUUGGGAAUUUCAAAAUUACAUAAUUUGAAAUUGCUUUGCUAUUUGGUAAUGUAUGUUUAAUAUACUUAACAGCCUCGUGCAGCUUAGUUACCAAGUUCAUAUGAAUAAUGCACAAAUCUGGCAGCUCUGCAAUAUAUUUCAUAGCCUGAUCACUUAUUUUUCUCCUUUGCCUCUUUUCUGAGAAGUGAGCAGAACAUGAAUGUAAAACAAGAGGCAGCUUUUUCUAAGACACUCAGCUACAAAAUCCUGUGACUAAUUGAAUGUGAACGACCAAUUCUAGAGUAACACUUAAUAUUCACCAGCAACUUCCACGUUUACACCAUGAGACAUAUCCUAUAGAUAUCACCUGAUUCUGAUGACAUUUAUGACCAAAUCUUUUAAAAUUGUGAUUCUUUCAUAUGUCAUAAUCAUCUUUAAGUGUAGAACUGCUCAUCCAAGUUGUGCAGUGGCUUAAUCUUAUUAGAAGAUAAUCUAGCUAUGCCUAGUAGAUUCACUAAAGUUCUGGUUUUGAUGUUGAGCAAUCAAUAAUGCUGCAGUGUGCUUUGUCAAAAAACACUGUGUAGCUGUUACACUUAAAUAUGUAAAUGCCCAGUUCCUCAAUAGACCACUCAACCAGAUAGUAACUGUACACACUCAAACAGCUGGAACAGGAAUCUUCUAAGUAGACAAAGAUUGACAGCAAUAUGGAAUUCACUCAAAUGAAUAUUGCUGAAAAGAGAUCAAUGUUCAUUGUUAUAAGUUAAGAACACAAAAUCUUAAUGAAAGGCACAAUUCCAAAAAAAAGCUUUGUAUUUGCUGGAUUGUUUUUAGCACUGCCACUGUUGAAGUUUGAAUAUAAUGUACAAAAAUGUGUGAUGCCUUUCCCUUUCCUUAAAGCAGCAAUAGCGAGAAAUAAUUACAUCGGUUUAUGUCAAAGAAUUAAACUGAAAAAGAAACUGCUGGUGUCAAUUGGAAUUCAGUAUUCACAAUUGAUAAUACGAUCUUCAUACUCGUUGACAAUAAUUCUUCAUAAUGAAUUUUUACUUUGGAUAGUUAUUUUGGAACAACUUUUCACAUCUGUUAAAAUUUAUUUUAUUUAUAAAAUGGUAUUGCUAGUUUUACAGCAGGCUCGCCUAUGUAGAUCCCAUGUUAUUUACCACCAAACUGCUUACUGUGCCUGAUUAAAUUAAAAAACACAAACCAUUUCUACUCACUGAAAAUAGGCCAGUCUUAGUUUAGUACAUUUAAUUUAUUAUGCUCUUCAUGUCACAUGUAGUAGGUUGGUUGCAGUGCUAAUUAAUAUUACAAUAUUACAUAAAUGGUGUAUUUUCAGGGCUGAUGUGUAUGACCCUCAAUUACAGCAUUGUAAAGGAUCUCAGUAGAUAGUUCUCUCCUUCCAGAUUUCACCUGUAAGCUUUUCUCAAUUUCUGCCAGCUGUCAAAUUAUAAUGACUGAAGAAAUCUGUACAUAAAAUACAUUAUAGCAUUUUCCUUAAUACAGUUUUUUGUUCCUACAAAUUACCUUCCAGGUUUUAUUGUAGAGCUGUAUUUUUUUUUUUGCAGAGAAUGCCUGAAAUAAUAAAGAAUAUACUUUUGUUCUUUAAAGUCUGAGAGCUGUAACACUGAGAAUUGGUCCCGAAUUUAGCCUGGCGUAGUAAACCAAACUAGUCUCAUUCUGUAUUAGGCGUAAGAUCAAAUCUAUUACCCCAAUGGCAGAUGCCCAUUUUAAUGAAGGAACAACUUCUCUCAUUCAGUCCAAGUUAUUUAUCAAGGUAUGUAGCUUUAAGUAUCUAAUGUUAUACAGACCCUCUCCAGUGCUCAAUAUACUGCUUUUAUUAACUCUCUCUUCUACAUACAUCUAGUUGAUUAUAAUUAAAUGCA